AUGCGGCUCGACGUCAAGAGGCAGCUCUUUGCCCGCUCGGAGCGGGUUAAGGGCAUUGAUUUCCACCCUACGGAGCCAUGGAUCUUGACAACCUUGUACAGCGGUCACGUUUACAUCUGGUCCUACGAAUCGCAGUCCAUCAUCAAAACCUUCGAACUUACCGAUGUCCCUGUGCGCGCCGGUCGAUUCAUUGCGCGGAAGAACUGGAUUGUCUGCGGUUCCGAUGACUUCCAACUUCGUGUGUACAACUACAAUACAUCCGAAAAGAUCACCACCUUUGAAGCACACCCGGACUAUAUCCGCUCAAUUUGUGUCCACCCGACCCAACCGUUUGUGCUUACGGCCUCCGAUGACAUGACAAUCAAGUUGUGGGAUUGGGAGAAGGGCUGGAAGUGUGUCCAGGUGUUCGAGGGUCAUAGCCACUAUGUGAUGGGUAUGGCGAUCAACCCCAAGGAUACCAACACUUUCGCAUCUGCUUGUCUGGACCGGACCGUGAAGAUCUGGAACCUGGGCUCUCCUCAUGCCAACUUCACUCUGGAGGCCCACGAGGCGAAGGGUGUGAACCACGUCGAUUACUACCCGCAGGCGGAUAAGCCCUACCUUCUCACUACCUCGGACGACAAGACCGUCAAGGUAUGGGACUAUACGACCAAGGCACUCAUCGCAACCCUGGAGGGCCACACCAGCAACGUUUCCUUCGCUUGCUACCACCCCGAACUGCCCGUUAUCAUCUCGGGUUCCGAAGAUGGAACAAUUAAGAUCUGGCACGCGAACACCUACCGGCUGGAGCAGUCAUUAAGCUAUGGCUUGGAGAGGGCCUGGUGUAUCGCCUACCAGCGGGGUCGACAGGGAGUCGCAAUGGGUUUUGAUGAUGGGGCUGUGGUUGUGAAGAUGGGUCGGGAAGAGCCCGCCGUCUCGAUGGAUGGCUCGGGCAAGCUCAUUUGGGCCCGACACAGCGAGGUGGUAUCGUCAGUCAUAAAGGGUAGCGAGCCGUCUAUCAAAGACGGCGAGCGUUUGUUGUUGCCGACAAAGGACCUGGGACAAUGUGAGGUGUACCCGCAAACUUUGUCCCACUCGCCGAAUGGUCGUUUUGUUUCUGUCUGCGGUGAUGGCGAGUACAUUAUCUACACCGCAUUGGCAUGGAGAAACAAGGCCUUCGGUCAAGCCCUUGACUUUGCUUGGGGCUCGAAGGACAACAGCAAUGACUACGCAAUUCGCGAGUCUACAACAAGUGUCAAGAUCUUUAAGAACUUCAAGGAGCAGAGCGGCGGCCUUGAUGUCGGGUUCCAAGCAGAGGGUCUGACUGGUGGUGUUCUUCUCGGUGUGAAGGGGCAGGGCGGUAUCGGCUUGUUCGACUGGGAGUCGGGCAACCUGGUUCGGAGAAUCGAGGUUGACCCCAAGAAUGUCUACUGGUCUGAGUCUGGAGAGUUGGUAACCCUGGCCUGUGAAGAUACCUUCUAUGUCCUUCGUUACUCGCGAGAGAACUAUGUCAAUGGCAUCAACAACGGCGAAGCCGAUGAGGAUGGCGUCGAGGCUGCCAUUGACCACGUCGCUACCAUUAGCGAGACCGUCCGGACCGGAGAGUGGGUUGGUGACUGCUUCAUCUACACCAACUCUACCAACCGCCUGAACUACCUGGUCGGUGACCAAACUUACACCAUCUCCCACUUCGAUGAUUCCAUGUACGUCUUGGGCUACUUGCCUCGAGAUGGUCGGGUCUACCUGUCCGACAAGGAUGUCAAUGUCGUUUCCUUCGGUCUUUCUCUCAGCAUGGUCGAGUACCAGACGGUGGUCUUGCGCGGCGACAUGGAUAUGGCAGCAGAGCUGCUCAGAGAUGUGCCCCAAGAUCAGAUGAACAAGAUUGCACGAUUCCUCGAAGGCCAAGGGUACAAGGAGAUGGCGCUGGAGGUGGCAACAGACCCGGAGCACCGUUUCGACCUUGCCUUGUCGCUCAAUGACCUCGAGACUGCCCUCAAGAUUGUCCGCGAGGCCAAUGUGGACUCCUCACACAAGUGGAAGAUUGUCGGAGAUGCUGCUCUGGCUGGCUGGAACCUCUCCCUCGCCCAGGAGUGCUUCACCAACGCCAAGGAUCUCGGUUCCCUGCUGCUGCUGCACACCGCCAGUAACAACCGUGAGGGUCUUCGCGCUCUGGCCACCCAAGCCUCCGAGUCCGGCCUGCACAACGUGGCCUUCUCUACACUGUGGUCUCUGGGUGACAUCGACGCCUGCAUCGACCUCCUCGUCAAGACCAACCGUCUCGCCGAGUCUGUCCUCUUCGCCCACACUUACAAGCCCUCGCGCGCUCCCAAGCUCGUUGUCCAAUUGCGCGAGUCGCUGGAGCAGGCGGGCAAGACCAAGUUCGCUCGUCUGAUCGGUGUCCCGCCCGGUGCCCCCGACGUUGCUUCCACCGACGACGAUCUUUUCCCGGAGUGGGAGGAGUACAUCCGCCUAGAAAAGGAAGGCAUCGUACCCGAGCCGCCUUCGUCCGAGUCGCUGAUCGACGUCAACGCCGACGGCGAUGAGAAGGAGCCCGCAAGCGCCACGAACGGCGGUCCCGAGGUUGAAGCCGAGGCUGAACCCGAGCCCGAGGCCGAUGCCGAUGCCGCGGCCGCUGCGGAAGCCGAGUAA